AUGAGCCGACGCGUCCUCGCCGUCACGCAGCGGCCCCUUGCGCCCUGUUCCUCGCCCAGAUCCGCCCGACAUCUCCAUCGAUUCUCUGCUGGAGGCUUGUUCCGAGCAGACGCCUCCAUUCGUGCCACUCGCAAGCGCGUGUGGUUCGGCAACAACGCUUUCCAUAAUGCCGUCAUGGUACGCAACGCCUCGUUUGCCCGUUUCUUGCCCAAGCUCGUCGUCAAGUUUGUCCGGAUACCCGCCAUGUUUGGUGGCCUGGCCAUCGGCGCCUUUGCCUGGGUCCAAUACCAAGCUACUCAAGCAAGCAACUUCGCCAUCGAGCUCUUCGGCACAGCAAAGGAUUCGGUCUUCGGCACGGCGUCCACCAUAUUCGACGGCGCCAAGCACGUGGCCGAGCAAACGCGCCAGGGCUGGGACACUACUACGGAGCAGGUCGAGGUUCCCGAGUGGCUCAAAAAGGUGCUGCGCAUCCAUGAGGACAUUGGCACCGGCGGGUCCGGCGGACCAGGAGGCGACCGAGACCCAAAGCAGAGCAGGGCUGGCACUGCAGCAGUCGUUGGCGCAUCGGCGGCUGCCUACGGCUACGACGAGUCGGACCAAGAGGACCCUCGCGACGCCGAUGUGGUAGCCAGAGAUGACCAGAUGAUGGUGCUGACCAAGAAAAUGAUUGAGAUUCGGAGCAUCCUGCAGCAAGUCGGCCAGUCAAGUUCCCUGACGCUACCAUCCAUUGUAGUCAUCGGCUCGCAGUCUUCAGGCAAGAGCUCCGUCCUGGAAGCCAUAGUCGGCCACGAGUUUCUGCCAAAAGGAUCCAACAUGGUGACCCGCCGGCCCAUCGAGUUGACGCUGGUCAACACACCUGGAGCAACGGAGGAAUAUGGCGAGUUCCCAGACCUUGGUCUGCGGCACAUGUCCGACUUUUCUUCUGUCCAGCGCACCCUCACCGAGCUCAACCUCGCCGUCUCGGAUGCCGAAUGCGUAUCCGACGACCCCAUCCAUCUGACCGUCUACUCGCCAAACGUGCCCGAUCUAUCCCUCAUCGACCUCCCGGGAUACAUCCAAGUGGUGGGCCAAAACCAACCGCUCCAACUCAAGCAAAAGAUCUCGGAGCUAUGCGACAAGUACAUCCAGCCCCCGAAUGUCAUCUUGGCGAUAUCAGCAGCCGACGUGGAUCUCGCAAACUCGACGGCCUUACGCGCCUCUAGAAGAGUAGACCCACGAGGCGAGCGGACCAUUGGCGUCAUCACCAAGAUGGACCUGGUCGACCCCAUCAAGGGGGCCGCUAUCCUAAACGACAAGCAGUAUCCCUUGAGACUGGGCUAUGUCGGCGUGAUUUCAAAGGCGCCGCAGUCGCCGGGCCUGUUCAAGAUGGGAUCAGCGAACCCCCUGGCCGUCAUUGCCAAGCAUGAAAAUUCCUUCUUCUCCGCCCAUCCUCUCGAGUAUGGCCCGGAUGCUGGAACUAUGUCAUCCAGCCUCCAAGGCACGAGUGACGCCAUCAAGCAAGAGCUGGAAGAAGCGGCCUACGAGUUCAAGGUGCAGUACAACGACCGGCCGCUCUCGGCCGAGUCCUAUUUGGCUGAGAGCCUGGACGCUUUCAAGCACUCCUUCAAGCAGUUCGCCGACGAGUUUGGUCGGCCCGAAAUGCGACAGCUGUUGAAGAGUGAGUUAGACCAAAAAGUGCUGGACCUGUUGGCUGCCAGAUACUGGAACAAGCCCGUGGAAGACCUCUCGGCCGCACCCCCAGACCCAGAUCCGAUUGCCGACCUUCCCAAGGCUGACCCGUCGUCGCUUUACUGGCACCGACAGCUGGACGCUUCCGUUUCCUCGCUCACCAAGUUGGGCGUUGGGCGCCUGGCAACGACGGUUGUCGCGUCUUCCCUCCAGUCCCACGUUGACAAGCUACUCGACAACUCCAACUUUGCCACCCAUCCCUUUGCCAGAAAGGCCAUCAAGGAUGCCGCGGCGGCCAUUCUCGACGAGAAGUUCUACGGCACGAGCGAUCAGGUGGAAAACUGCAUCAAGCCUUUCAAGUUUGAAGUUGACGUGGAAGAGCGCGAGUGGGUGCAGGGCCGACAGCACGUCAGCAACGUCCUCAAGGAGGAGCUUCGGCAUUGCGAGACGGCCUUGGAGCACCUCGAGGCGGCGGUGGGCGGCCGGAGGAAGCUCAAGGAGGUGAUGGGCUUUGUCGACAAGGCCCGAAAGGGCGACAUUGUAAUUGAGGGCGAUGGGCGGAGCGGUGCGGGCGGGUUCAGCGCUGCUCUCCUUGGCAAAGGACGAGAGGCCGUCUUCCUCCGGGACCGGGCCGACAUCCUCGGGCUGCGCCUCAUGGCCAUCAAGUCAAAGCAGUGCGCUUCGGUCAAGAACAAGUACUACUGCCCCGAGGUGUUCCUCGACGCGGCCGCCUCCAAGCUGGCCUCGACAGCCGUCCUCUUCCUCAACGUCGAGCUGCUGUCCGAGUUUUACUACAACUUUCCGCGCGAGCUCGACCUCCGCCUCGGGCGCCACCUCUCGCAGGUCGAGGUGGAGAAAUUUGCCAAGGAGGACCCCAAGGUCCGCCGCCACCUCGAGGUCAUCCGCCGCAAGGAGCUGCUGGAGCUGGUGCUCGAGAAAAUGGAGAGCCUAAGGCAGCUCGAGGGCCGCGAGCGGGAGAGGCUGGCGGGCGGGCGGAAACGCAACUCGGAAAAGGCGCGCGGGCGAUGGGGCUUGUUCUGA